GGCCGAAGCCUGGCGAUCUCCGCGGUGAGGCUCCGGGGGAGCCGUCCUCCAAGCGCAGGUCGGGCGUUAAACGCGGGGAGCCGAGUGCCGCGGGGGUGCCCGUCCGUAGAGCCGGGCUGUUCGAGUGCUUGCAGCGGUGUUUCAGGGGAGGGUCCUGGUGGAUUCCCCGUGUGUUUCGGGGGGAAAGCUGAUCGCCACCUGCCUCCCCUGGGUGCAUCUCCGCCUGCGCCGCGCAGUGGGGUGCGGGUGGGACAGGGACGCUGCAGCCUGCCCUGAGAGGAGCAGCUCCCAGAGGGGUGACGGAUCAUUCGGAGCGACGAGAGGCGGUCAGGUAGUUGCCACUGGUGCCUGGUGCUGGGGAGGUGAGAAGUGUGAAAAGUGGAAUGGACUUAACAUUUCUCUUAACUGCUGGCUGCCUGGCGCUCCUCAGAGCCUUCCACGAGCUCUUUCAAAGCUGGCUUGUGGGAAGAUUCAGCAAGUGCAGGUGCUGGAGGAGGAAGUGAGAGAUGAGAGCAAGUGGUGACGGAGGGCAGUGCAGGACCUUCAGCAUCUAUGGGUUGGCCUGCUGCUGCGGUAUUGCCGCUUGUUCCUUGUGCUGCAAAUGCUGCCCCAAGAUCAAACAGUCAACCAGCACCCGCUUCAUGUAUGCGCUUUACUUCAUGCUGGUGACUAUCAUCUGUUGUGUCAUGAUGUCAACAACAGUAGCUAACGAGAUGAAAACGCACAUUCCCUUCUACAAGCAGAUGUGCAAGAGUAUUCAGGCGGGUGAGAUGUGUGAGAAGUUGGUGGGAUACUCUGCAGUGUACAAAGUCUGUUUUGGAAUGGCCUGUUUCUUCUUUUUGUUCUUCUUAUUCACCAUCAAAAUUAACAGCAGCAAAAGCUGCCGUGCAUACAUUCAUAAUGGAUUCUGGCUGAUUAAACUUAUACUUCUGGCAGCAAUGUGCUCAGGAGCAUUCUUCAUUCCUGAUCAGGACACUUUCCUCAAUGCCUGGCGCUACGUGGGAGCAACAGGAGGUUUCCUUUUCAUUGCCAUUCAGCUCAUCCUGCUCGUUGAGUUUACACACAAAUGGAAUAAAAAUUGGACUGCAGGUGCAAAGCACAAGCAGAUGUGGAAUGGUUUGCUUGCUCUGGUCACUCUCACGCUGUACUCCAUUGCUGUGGCAGCCCUGGUCCUCAUGGCUCUUUUCUACACACACUCAGAGGGCUGCAUGUACAACAAAGUCCUGAUUGGUGUUCACGGUGGCCUGUGCCUCUUUGUGUCACUGGUGGCCAUAUCACCCUGUGUCCAGAAUCGCCAGCCCCAUUCUGGUUUGCUGCAGUCAGGAGUUAUAAGCUGCUAUGUCAUGUACCUCACUUUCUCUGCACUGUCCAGCAAGCCACCAGAAACUAUCCUGGAUGAAAACAAUCGGAACAUCACAAUCUGUGUACCUGAAUUUAGUCAAGACCUACACAGAGAUGAAAACUUGGUUACUGGCCUGGGUACUACCAUUUUGUUUGGCUGCAUUUUAUAUUCUUGUUUGACCUCAACAACACGUGCAAGCUCAGAAGCACUGAGGGGCAUAUAUGGAACACCCGAAAGUGAAGUAGCUCGUUGCUGCUUUUGCUGCAUGCCUGACGGAGACGCUGAUGCUGAAGAGCACGUUGAAAAAAGGGGAGGCCAGUCUGUGAUUUAUGAUGAGAAGAAAGGCACGGUGUACAGUUAUGCCUACUUUCACUUUGUUUUCUUCUUGGCUUCACUCUACGUGAUGAUGACAGUAACUCACUGGUUCCAUUAUGAAAGUGCUCAGAUUGAAAAGUUCUUCACCGGAACCUGGUCCAUCUUCUGGAUUAAGAUGGCCUCAUGUUGGGUUUGCGUCUGCCUAUACUUGUGGACUCUCAUUGCUCCACUCUGUUGCCCAACCAGAGAGUUCUCAGUGUGAAUGCUCAGAAAGUCUUUCUGUGUUUAUGUAUUUUUCUUUUUCUCCCCUCCUCCCCCCACCCCGUUACAAAUAAAAUACAAGUAAUUUUGUAAUGAGGAAACACCUAUUUCCCCAUUUAUCAUAAGGUACCAGUUAGUGAGUUUUUAGUCUGACUAAAGACAUGAUUGAAGACUUUUUUUUACCUUUGUUAAUUUUCAUGAACAAGCAUUACCUAAGAGAUUACAAAUCUCUUCUAAAUCUUUGUAAUGCUUAUGUGUGGGGUGUAGGAAACACAGUUGUUGCAUAAACUGAAGUAAGAAAAUGCUUUUCAAAUAACUGACAAUCUUUCUCUGGCUUCAUUGGCAAGAAAAAAAAAAAAUGGUGCAGAUAUAUCUUCUUCCUUCCUGUGAAUGUUGGCUAUAUCUUCUAGCAAAUAUACAUUCCUUUCCAUACUCUUCUAUUAACUGUGUCCUUUACAGUUUGCAGUGAUGAUUUGGACUGCUGUUCUAUACAGCAUAUAAUUCUUGUAAGUAUUAUCCAGAUAAUUUUUUCCAGAAACAUAACUAAAUACUUCUUUAGAAAUAGAGAAUAUGUAAGAAUUUGAUUGCCAAAGCAUCUACUAAAAAUUCUUUAGAUAAAUAUUAAAUAUAUUAAGUUAUUGUCUACCUAGAUUGAGAAAGGAAUGUAUCAAUGAUAAUAGAGUAUUUAUUCUGUUAUAAGUUUUAAAGGCACCUGAAUAUUUUAUGCAAUUCAGAUCUGGUCCAGUGGUUAACAGAAGGGGAUUUCUAUACAAAAAUUCUUAAACUGAAUUUUGUCCAACUUUGCUUUGCCAGCUCUCCUAAAUUGCAUGUUGAAUGUAGUACACCAGGAUUUAAGACAUGGUACAUUCUCUAUUCAGGAUGUUUGCUGUUGGCAAAACGCUAAUUACAUGAGCACUGCCAGUUGCUGUCAAAUUUGAAAGUGGAGUGCUCACUUACUUCCCUACCUUGCUGUUUCAGCUUGUGUCUAAAGAUCUCCCAGGAUCUUCACUUCUGUAUCUGUUACUAAUUUUAUAAUAUUUUAAAUGCGUUGGUGGUCAGAAAAGGACUGUGGUGCAUCAUGUUCCUUUUCUGCCUGCAUGUUGAUUGGAAAGUAUUCUUUCUAACUGCUGUAUUUUUAUACUCCUCUGUUGAUGUUAGUUUUGCUGUUGGGGUGGAACUUAGCCAACCAAUCCAUUAAUGGAGACUAGACUUCUUUUGGAGACUUUCUAUUCCAAGCAGUGGGGUGAGCAAUCAGAAAAACAAAACCAGAAGACACAAAUGUAACAGCAGCUGCUUUAGUACAUAUGACUGACUUGACAAUAUUAAACUGUACAGUAUCACUUUCAUUGGCUUUAAGCAGACAAUAGGGUGGUAGGACAACAGCUCAGAUGCCCUAAAUGCUGAAUAAGAUAGAACCUAGUUUGGUUGUCUACAUUCCAAUGGGGUGAGUUUAUGACUUAUGCUAGUCUUAGAGGUUUUGGCUUCUUUCUCUUUACAUAUAUAUACACAGAAUGUGAAAUGUGCAGGAUAUAAACAAAAUCAACAGAUAUAGCAGUUAUUGUUUUGAUAUAUGAAGGAGCCUUAAAAGUACCAGUAGUUUCUGCAAAACAAAGUAAAGCACAAAAUAGAGGCCAGGGCGGUGGCCAAAAUAUUUGCAUGCCUUAUUUGAUCUGUUGCAAUAAUUGCUGAUGCACACCUGGAGAGUAAUCCUAAAGCAACAGAUCUCAGUUCUGCUCUUGCUUUCAUUACCAUUUUAGCUGCCUUUUUGCUAUGGUUAUCUUAAGGCUUCUGUCCUGCUUAGAGCUUGCUAAGGAUGCGAUCUUCCCAAUCCCAUGUAUUCUUGCCUCAAACAAAAUCUACAGAUCUGCAGUUCUGCGUAUUUACACCACUUACCCUUGGUGAUUAGAAGCCUCAAAAUACAUGUCAUGAGAUCUGGGGGAAGGAAGAGUCUGUUCAGAGGUGACUCCCCUGCUGCUCUUCCUGUGUGUAUCUAGGGGGAAAAAGCUGUUGAAGCUUAGCUUCAAUGUGGAGUUAGAAGAGCAACAAAUAGCUCUGGAGAGGAAAGCAGAGUGGUUUUCCUUUCCUUUUGCUUCUGCUGGAAGUUCCUAAUCUUGCCAAGAGCUCUGUUAGCAUGGGGGCCCGUCAGUGUGUCUCUCUGCAUUUAGAGUCCAGCCACACAGAUCCUUCUGCAGCAGAAGAGGGCCUUUGUUAACACAUUGUCAAUAUAGAAGCCUUUAUCUCAUCUCUAAGAUAAGAACUUAUGGGCUGUGCAAUGAUGACUAACAGUUGUCCUACCUAACUCACAGCAGUUAUUCUGACAAACAAUCUUGAUCUAGUGCUAGAGCUGUGAGCUGCAGCUGAGACAGUCCAGGCUCUUGCUCCUCCCUUAGUAAAGGCUUUCCCUAAAGUAUAGAGGCUUCCAGGAGUUAACUUCUAUUGCCAUGUGUGUUGUACUAUGAGAAACUAAACUUUGUUUUUAAAUUAGCAAUGUGUUUUCUAACAGAACAAUCUGGGCAAGGAGCUCUGCAGAAGAAGGCAUGCACUAUGUCAGGUUAUAAGGAAGGGAAUGGUAACUGUUUUCUGAUAGCAGUCACAACUGUGGAUGACCUUAACAUAUAUCUUGGCCAUUGGAUGUUCUUAUUUGUUUACAAAAAGACUUAUUUUAUGUAGGCAGUAUCUGCCUGCAUGGGGACUUCCUGCACCUCAUUGUGCUCAAUUUUUUUAUAGUUUGUAUGUAAGGAAAUAGUUUUUACACAGAGGAAACAGGGUUUUAAGAGUGAAGUCCAUAGUGAGGCAUAAGUCCAUUCUUUUUACACAGCACUUGCCUCACUGAGUUGCUCCUUCAUCAUUUCCUUCCACUAUUGACCUUAAGCAUCUAGAUCUGCUGGUAUAGGUAGGGUGGGAAUGGACCAGUGCCUGACCACACUGCUUUGUCUACUUCUGAGCAAACAUUGUGGGAAAUCACCCUGAAAAUAACUGUGAUGACCUGUUUGUCCAUCCUGCGGUUCCAGAUCCAGCUGUGUAUCUACAGGCCUUUCUAACAAAUCAGUAACUGUUGGCAUCUGGGUGUUCAACACCCCUAGAUCCUCAGGCAUGGCUUCCUGCUGGCCAGGCAAGUGUUACAGCCUUACCAUUCACUGUAAAAUCUGUACUGUGAACUUCCAUGUGCAACUACUUAACAAAAUCCUCAGCAAGGGUCAAGGAUUCAGAUGCCCAGUUCAUAGAUUCCAAACAA